AUGCAGCAGAUGGCAAUGCAACAACAGGCCAUGACGCAGCAGCAGAUGCAGAUGGGCAUGGGACAGAUGGGCCAGAUGGCUCCUGUGCAAAGCCCUUGGGUUAUCUACCUGUCCCAUGCCCAUCUGCAUCUGCUGCGUUACCACACUCAGCAAGGGCAGCCCUACUACUACAAUGAGCAAACAGGUGAACAAGUGUGGCAACUUCCGCCCGGUGCCACCUGCAGCCCGGCAGGGCAAUGCUCCGCCACAUGGCCAGGGCAUGAAUCAGAUGUGGUCCAACCAGAUGCAACAAAUGCCAUAUGGCUACCAGCAGACCUGGUAUGGCGAGAGAUGAUUAGAUAUCUGGAAGAGUUCAGAGGGCUUGUCUUUCAAAGCACGCGGCGCUCGCGUGCGCAGUGGCCCACCGUGUUCUACACAGCUUGUGCUGACGCGAGACGCGAGCUUUGGGUUCAGACGUUUGGUGAUUCAGUUGCGAAGGGGAAUGUGAUCUCCCCAGCAUUGCCGGUCUUUUUGGAUCAACUCGUGCCCUCCUGGGUGGCUCUGGUGCUCUCGGUCUCGGUGGUCCUGAUUUGCGGUGAGAUUUUGCCCUCCGCAGUCUUCACCGGUCCAAAUCAGUUCACGAUUGCCUCGGGCCUGGUUCCCUUGGUUUCACUUCUCGAGUUGAUCUUCUACUUCGUAGCACGGCCCAUCGCCAACGUCUUGGACCAAAUGUUCAAGGACGAAUGCCACGGCGAGGAUGGCACGAAGUACACUCGCGCAGAGCUGCGUGCUCUGCUGGCGCUGCAUGCGCCCGUUUUGACGCCCGGAUCUCCACCCGAGGUGGAAGGGAUUCCGAUGCCGCCCCACAACUACAGCUGUGAGUUUCUACAGUCGGAAGCCACCGACACGGAGGUCGAGUUCAAGGAGCCCUCGGCGGCCGUGAUUAGCACCUCUGAGCUGCGCAUGAUGGACAACGUUUUCAGCCUCCGCGACCGCGUGCUGUCUGAGCUGCGUUGCUAUACGGUGCUGAAAUACUGCCGCAUUGUCAGUGGACAGGAGCAGUGCCUGGACAUUGCCGGCCGCUGCGCCCUGAGCUGCGCGGAUCGUUGCGUCCUGGUGCUACACGAGGGCUCCACCGCGUCGGCGCGACAGGUGGAGGAGGACAGCGACACAGACCUGUCACCAAUGUCACCCAAGUUGCAGCUGCGGAUCUCAUCAGUCCAGGGCUGUUUGCAGCUACAGGAACUUCUGAAAGGUGGGCAGAAGACUCUCCGCGAACUUUGCAACGGAUCUCUGCUGUCAGUAGAGGAAGAUGCCACAUUGCUGGAUGUCAUGGCGAAACUGCGCAGUUCCGGACAGUCCAGUGCAGUGGUGACCCGCCCCAGUAUGGAAGGAAGUUACAUCGUUCGAGGUGUCGUCCAUAUGUCACAGAUCCUUUCCUACCUCCUGUCAGGAGAUGACUUCAAGGCGAGAUCCUUCAGCGACAAAGAGCUGGGCCAGGCGGAGUUGAUCCAGUGUUCGCCCAGCGUCUCCCCGGGCCUUCGCAGCGCGGGGAUUACGAUGUCCACACAGCUGCGGCAUCCCUUCCUACGCGUGAGGUCCAAUUUGGGCGACCCGACGACUUCACAACCGGUGCUGCAAAAAUCCAAGACCCCUCCCCAGCACAUGGCCAUGAUUGGACGUGCGAAGAGUGGCUGA